GGAGAAAAGCAGGAGUCGCGAGAGCAGACAGUGCCGGACCGACCGCGAGCGCUCGAUAAACACUUCCCAUCGCGGGAGGAGAGCGGCGCACAAGAGCAGUGUCUCUCUCUCUCUGACUCUCCUUUUCUGUGUCUUGCUCUCUCUAUCACACACUUUCUCUAUGAGUCUGUCUCUCCCGCACACACACACACCCAUGCCCGCGCGCGCACGCUCCGCAUACGUCUCCACUUUGCCGUAGUAAAUUACGGCAUUGAUCUCAAAGACGAGUCCGGAUCUGUGUCUUGUGUUCGCCCUUUCUUCGACGGACGGACUUGGAGAAACGCUCGAGAGAGAAGUAACUCUUCUCAUCCUGCGUGUCUGUGAGGACCCUUGGUCAUGUCCGAUUAGCUCCCCUGCGUGAUGCCUGAUCAUGACAGCAACACCCUUUUAAACAGACAGACAAAGCGCCGACGUGUCGACAUUGGGGUGAAAAGGACUGUGGCUAGUGCAUUAUUCAGUCGCGCCAGGGAGACCCUGCUCGAAAGCAUGAACCAAUCACACGGCCACGAUCAGGACGGAGACUGCUCUUUGGUCGGUCACGGACAUGGCGGCUCCAACAGUGACGGAGAGAAGUCCAAUGUUUUGAGGAAAUUGCUUAAGAGGGCCAACUCGUACGAAGACGCCUUAAUGCCUUUCCCCGGUGCUACCAUCAUCUCUCAGCUACUGAAGAGUAACAUGGGCAAGAACGGAGGGAGUGACUCAGGCUUCCAGGGGAGUGGAGCUCUGUCCAGUGGAGGCUCAGAGAUCCACGCAGAGGACGCCUGCAGCAACUCCUCCCGCGACCGGGACAGCCCGUCUGACUGCCUCUCUCCUGGGCCACCUCUUCCCCCCCCUUCUUCCUCCUCUUCCUUUGGGCGACCACUGCCUUCUUCAAGCCUCAACUCCCACGCUCCCUCUCAGCCCCUCUCCCUCUCCACUUUUGAUUUGGACAGGCUGUCGGACGAGCAUCUUCGCGCAAAGCGUGCCCGCGUGGAAAACAUCAUCCGCGGUAUGAGUCACUCGCCACUGGUCCGGUCCAACGGCGACCACAACCAAGAUAUCCACCGCGAAAAUGAGAAUUGCAGCAUCAACAGUAGCAGCAGUAAUGACCACAGAAGAGAGGGCAACAGUCACAACACCAGCAGCCACAACCACAGCCGGAGCGACGGCCCUUCCUCCCUCCUGAGCUCUCCGGGUUCACGGGCUGGUGUGGUCAGCGUUGGCGAGGUUUAUAGGGAGAAUAAGAGAAAGCAGCGCCUGCCACAGCAACAACACUGCUUCACCCAACUAGUGUGUUCUAGGCAGGAGCAGAGGCAGGAGGAGAGACGGCAACUCAAACUGCAACUGGAGGACAUGCAGAAACAGCUGCGUCAACUCCAGGAGAAGUUCUACCAGAUCUACGACUCGGAGACAGAGGAAGAUGAAGAGAACGGCGAGAGCAGAGAUGCGGACCGAGGUGGAGAAAGAGACGAAGACGGCAACCUGUCAGAGGACAGUAUCCGCUCUGACGGCUUGGAGGAGAGGCACAGAGCCAGAGGGCGCCGUAGCAACCAGGAGCUGUCUGAGCUGGACCCAGGCCUGUUCCUGGAUCGGGCCCGAGCCCUCCUCAGAGAACAGGCCCUUAUAGAUGGAGAAAUGGAGGAAGAUGUGGACAGCAGGGAGGAGGUUGAGAGGAAUGUAGAAAGUGCGAUGAAAAGGAGAGGAGGAGCAGGAGGAGGACGGCAGUUAGCGGAGACGCUGAAGCAGGAACUGAACUGUGCCGUGUCGCAGGUUGUCGACACCGUCGUCAAAGGCUUCUCCUCGCCCAAGCAGGCUGUCAGUCACCACGGCUGCCAUAGCAGCACACCAGCUGCACCCUCCUCUUCCUCCAACUCGUCCUCUUCCUGUCCUCCACCUUUCGGCCCCCUUCCCUCGCUCACCCCAGAGUCACGCUUUGGCGGUGGCGCCCUGGCCCUCAGUUUGAACGGGGACGGGAGUCCAACAUCUAACUACCACUCCUCCAACCAGAGGCUGCACUGCUUCGGAGAUGUAAUCGUCCCGAGCCCACUGGAUUCCUUCGGUGGCAGACUGAGUGGUGUGCCGAUGCCCAACGACCAAACGGAGGCACUGCCCCUGGUGGUGCGCAAGAGCGGCGGAGGAGGUGGAGGAGACAACAAUAACCCCUCUCUUCCUCCUCCUUCUCACCAUCACUCCCUUCACCCCUCUCCCCUCACCGCCUCGCUCGGCUUUAGCCCUCCAUCCUUUCGCCACCCAUUCCCUAUUCCCCUUAUGGGCUAUCCCUUUCAGAGCCCCCUUAUACACGGGGGUGGAGCCGGCUACCCUCCAGGGCCCAAGGACCAUCAUCGGUCCUCCCCCGAUUCUAUGGACAUGACCAGGGAAACUCUCAGCCUCAGAACCAAAAUGGCAUCCCUCGGAGGGGGCCAUCUCAGUCAUCACCACCACCACCACCACCACCACCGGCAGAGCUCACCAGGCCAACACGGGCCGGAGGGUCUGUCCCUGUCCCUCAUCAAGUCUGAGUGUGGGGACCUGCAAGACAUGUCCGACAUAUCGCCCUACUCUGGCAGCACCAUCCAGGAGGGCUUGUCUCCCAACCACCUGAAGAAAGCCAAGCUAAUGUUCUUCUACACCCGCUACCCCUCCUCCAACAUGCUCAAAAUCUUCUUCUCAGAUGUCAAGUUCAAUCGCUGCAUCACCUCCCAGCUGAUCAAGUGGUUCAGCAACUUCAGGGAGUUCUACUACAUUCAGAUGGAGAAGUUCGCCCGGCAAUCUAUCAACGAGGGUGUGACCUCUACAGACGAGCUAGCGGUGGGCCGUGAUUCGGAGCUCUUCAGGGCGCUCAACAUGCACUACAACAAGGCCAACGACUUCGAGGUUCCUGAGCGAUUCCUGGAGGUGUCCCAGGUGACUCUUCGUGAGUUCUUUAAUGCUAUCGUGGCAGGAAAGGACGCAGACCCGUCCUGGAAAAAGGCCAUCUACAAGGUGAUCUGCAAACUGGACAGCGAGGUUCCCGAUGUCUUCAAAUCCCCAAACUGUCUACAAGAACUCCUCCAUGACUGACUAAGGCGAAGAAGGAAACGCGGCAAGCAAGACCGAUAGAAGACCGCUGAGAAACCGCUUUAGUUAGACUCGGUUUGCCUUCAGGUGAGGUGAGGUGGUUCUACUUGGAGGCUUCUGGAGAGAUGUGUUGAUGGUUGUUUUUGGUCAGCCCAACUUUUAAAAGACAAACCUGCCCUCAAAAUGUUUUAUAAAGAAAAGAAUAUUCCUCUUGCAGGAGGCAGAGGGCUCAGAGUCCGACGACACUCAAAUUAACCAAUUGUGAGACUUUUAUCAAUUAAAAGCAAAACAGUCAAGAGUUGGACCGUGUUGCACUUACAGAAAAGCUCCUCCGCUCAUUCUCCUCCACCUCGUCCAAGCCUGCUCUUCAUCCACCUCUGGAGGAACAUCAGGAUGAGGAAGAUGACGGAUCAAUCUUCAGCCCUUGACUCGGGCUCCGGGGAGAACUGAAAAUAAAGAUGAUAAUAUAUAUAAAUCUUUUUAUUGUGGAUGUUUUUAAGUUACAUGGGCAUUUUGGAAAAAAAAGUGAUGUUUCUGUAUUUUUGCUCCUUUGUAUAAGCUUCUCUUCUAUGAACCCCCAGUCACAUAGAUACACACACACACACACACAACCACAGACACUCACACACACACCUCUUGAAUAGUAAAGCACAGUAGCAUUCCCAAAUCCUCAAGUGAAUCCAGAAAAACUGGACAUGAACUUAGUUGUUGUUUCUUUCUCUUUUGACCUCUCCCACUUCUUACUGUACUGAGGCUUACUGGGUGUUUGUUUUGACCGUGUGGCCCCAUCUGCCCCGCCCCCCGCCCUUACCCGGCUGCCCCUCUUGGCUCAUGUUGCAUUGAAAAAUAAUCCCUUUCUUUUCUUUAUAAAUUAACUGGGAUCUGGAUACUACCAAUCCCAUUUGGUCAGAAUCAAAAUUAGCGGGGACGAAUGGAAAAUGCCGCCUAGAAUCAGUUUGACGCGUUUGUCUCGGUUACUGCACUAAACAUUUACUUUCUGUUAACCUUUCAGACAUUUUGGGAUGUAGCGUUUAUCACAAAGUCAUAAACUGAUGAGGACCUUUUAUGGUUGAGAAAAACACCUGUGUUUUCGGGUGGAAGACAGAGACAGUUUCUUCAAUCCCAUUAUUCGGCAAGAGUUCACUGAACCCUUCUGACAGAGAGAUACACCGGUAUGUAUUGAUCUGCGAUAAGCUAAUAUCUGGUCCAACCACUACUGAUUUAUUUACAAUAUUUUUAAUAUACUGUGUAGCACUGAUGCUGGAUAAUGUCAGGACAGAGUAUAGAGGAUAUGUUAUCGACGAAACCUCUUUGGUAUUGAUUUUAUUUUUCAAGGUAACGCGUAUUGGACGCUUCAUUUGGUUUCAUUCAAAAUCCUAAACUCAGAAAUCCGUUAAACAUCAAUUUGGGAUUUCUGCUUUAUUGCAAGGUGGAUUUACUGUCCUGUAAAUCAUUUCUUAUGAUUGACCCUAAACAGUUAGCAGCGCUCUGUAGAUUCCUCUUCAAGCAGCAGGUCAUUCCCACAUGAUACAAACCCAGGAACCCUUCUUCAUGGCGCUGUGGGCCAGGCUGACCUUUGGUGGCGCACACUUGUACAUACAGGGCUCAAACUCUCGCACGUUGGAUUGUAACAUUUCUUUUUAAAACGCUGGCGACCAACUGUGGUACAAUCAGCCGCACUGAAAGGUUGGCUCAGUCAAAUGUGUCCCAUUAUAACUCUCCUUCCUUGAAACUGGAAGUCCCCACAAAGCAUCAUGGGAAAACCUGAUGUACGUCUUUGCCAAGAGGGGCAGCAGCGGGCUCAUGUGUGAAGUGUUUUAACAGCAGAAAAAAAAGACAUAGGACAAAAUGCUGAUAUUUGUAGCUUGUAUAGAUGUAAUACUCUGAUCACUCUGAUACUGUUAUUAUUUAUAAUUGAAAUAAUUAUUCCUAUUAAUGUUAUUCUGAUGAUGAAGAUGAUGAUGAUGAUUAUUAUUAUUAAUGCUUGCUACAGAUUUGACCAGUGGUUUACUCAUUGUUUAUCCAUCACAACUGCAACAUGAAAUAAAUUAUUCUUUGAAAACAGGG